AUGCAAGCAGCUGCCAACAAAUUCCAAGAGCAUCUCGGCACUGUGCCGACUGCAACCACCCCCGAAUAUAAGCACAGAGAAGAUGGCUCGAAAAUGAAGGCUUUGGCCUGGUUCGGGCCCAAAGACGUUCGCAUGGUCGAGGCACCCAUCCCGGACAUCACUGAACCGGAGGACGUCAUUGUCAAAGUCACCGGGACCACUAUCUGUGGGUCGGACUUGCAUCUCUACCACGGAGAGAUCAUGACUCUUCAAAAGGGCGACAUCCUUGGCCAUGAGUUCAUGGGUGUCGUAGACCGUAUUGGCCCGAAUGUCAAGAAUCUCAAGCCCGGGCAGCGCGUUGUCGCUUCGUUCCAGAUCGCCUGCGGUCAGUGCGAGUACUGCAAGCAAAAACUUUCAUCCUUCUGCGACCGAACGAACAACUCAUCGCUGAUGAACUAUAUGUACGGCCACCGCGAUGCCGGUUUCUUUGGAUAUUCUCACCUUACUGGUGGAUUCCCUGGUGGUCAGGCCGAGUUCGUCCGCGUGCCAUUUGGCGAAGUCAACCUCUUACCCAUACCCGACAAUGUUACUGACGAACAAUCACUCUAUCUUUCUGACGUCCUACCCACGAGUUACCACGCCGUCGUAGAUACCGGUGUCAAGGAGGGCGACGUCGUUGGCGUGUGGGGUCUCGGACCGAUUGGUCAAUGCGUAGCUCGUUGGGCGAAGAUCAAGGGCGCAUCACGGGUCAUUGGAAUUGACAAGGUUCCGGAGCGUCUUGCCUUUGCUCGGGAGAAAUCUGGUAUUGAAACCCUCGACAUAACCGAGCACACGGAUGUCGUGAAGCGAUUGCAGGAGAUUGCUCCCGGUGGCCUUGAUGUCGCAAUUGACUGCGGCUCUUUCCAUGACCCCAAGACGAUGCUCCACAAGAUCCAGAAGACGCUCAUGCUGGAGACGGAUGUCUCGGAAAUCCACAACGAGAUGAUCAUGUCCGUUAAAAAGAUGGGCAGAUGCGGUAUAAUUGCCGCAUAUGCUGGUUACACCAACGGCUUCAACAUUGGUGCUCUGAUGGAGAAGGGUGUCAGGUUCAUCGGUAACGGACAGGCUCCGGUCCACAAGUGGUGGAAAGAGAUCCUGGACGAAUACAUCAUCCCUGGCAAAUUCGACCCCACUUUCAUGAUCACCCACCGCGUGCCCAUCGAUGACAUGGCCAAACUUUACGUGGCGUUCGACCAGCGAAAGGGCGGCGUUGAGAAGGUCUUCGUUGAGACCAAGUUCUCUAACCCACCUGCACCUGGUUGCCCGAAGACAACCCGUGUUGAGGAGUGGGCUCAAUGA